GGCGGCGGGUGGUCCGAAAAGCAUAAUCAGACAGUGGAGUUCUCAAAGAAUUAAGAAAUACUAGCUUAUCCAUUUUUCAUAGACACGUGGCAGCAGCCUAUUGCCCCUUCCAAAUUCCUUGAGCCAAUGUCGUGUCUAUCCUGAACCGUGAACUGUCCAGUUAAUCACUCUGAAGAGAGAGAGCUGUAACAAACAAGCAAAGAUUUCUUUCAAUUCGUCCAUUCAAUGGCCGGAAUUGCUACUGCUUGUCAUUUAACUCUCCCUUGUGCAAGCAAUUCUAGGAGAACUUGGUUGGAAUUAAUGACUCACCAUGGAAGAGCUAUCUCAGGGAUACCUAUUCGGCAAAGAAAUUUAAGCAUUAGAGCGGAUGUGAAUUUUGUAAAUGCUGAAGAAGCAAAAAAACUUGUAGCAGUUGAGGGUUAUGCGGUUCUUGAUGUCCGUGAUAAAUCUCAGUUUGAUCGAGCUCAUAUCAAAUCGUGUUAUCAUGUGCCUCUUUUCAUUGAAAACAAAGACAAUGAUCCUGGCACAAUAAUAAAGAGGACUUUGCACAAUAAUUUUUCUGGUUUAUUCUUUGGGUUGCCAUUUACAAAAGUCAAUCCUGAAUUUGUACAAUCUGUGAAAAGUCAGUUUUCAGGCGAAAGUAAAUUGCUACUUGUAUGUCAGGAAGGGCUAAGGUCUCCUUCUGCUGCCAAUAAAUUGGAGCAAGCUGGUUUCGAGAAUAUAGCAUGUAUAACAUCAGGGCUUCAAACCGUAAAACCAGGUACAUUUGAUAGUGUAGGUACUACAGAGUUGCAAGAUGCUGGCAAAGCUGGUUUGGUGACAAUUCAAGGAAAGAUUUCAGCUGUGCUUGGAACUGUACUCAUCUGCGCCUAUCUGUUUAUAACCUUCUUCCCGGAGCAAGCAGAGAAGCUACUUCAGAUGUCUCCUGCAAGCUAGGCCUUGGAGAACCCAAAAUUUUGUAUUUUUCUACAAUGCCAAUACCAACAAGGAAUCCUAGCGGAGGGAAGGAUAAAAGUUUGUAAACAAUUUGUGUAGGAUCAUGUAACUUGUUAAACAGGAGCAGAACCCGAGAGAUUCUUUUUAGAUUGCUAGACAGAAUUAAAUAAAUGAAUUUUGGCAUUCACAUUUGUUAAAUUCUUUGCUUUGCUUUGGAGAUAAUAUAGGUUGCUCAAACAAAAUAUGGAAAAGGAAUGGUGCUUGAACGGUCGAGUACGAAGUCGACAUCAACUGCGUAUCUGUUUUCUGAGCAUAUCCUUCAGGUAUUGAGUUUUCCAUCAAAAUUUGGGAAUUAUGAAACUUGAAAAAUGAGUUUACUGAGGUUUGUGCUCACUAAUCAGGACUUAAGCGUUAUCAGACAGGUUGCCAGAAGUCUGUGGAAGUCCCACUAUAUCGUUAAACAACAAUUAUAGAUUAUAGCUUGAUUUUGUUAUUUUGGCAAAAGGAGGUGAAUGCAUACAUUCCCUCACGUGAUGAUAUGCUUUUCAUUUUUGGCUCAUUGAAGUAAUUCACAUCGAUUCUAGCAAUGACAUUUGAUAGCCAGGAUGUCCGAAAAUGUACCAUGAAUAAUUUUCAAUGCAGAAAGAUCUUCCCCCGAAUUUAUAAGAUUUAAACUGUAAUCAACCUUUAUCUAUUGACCAACAGAACUGCGAGAGUCAAAUGUCGACGAAAAGAUACCAAUAAAAAACAAUAAACUUGUAA